AUGAAUAUGAACGAUCUUCCACAUAAUGUUUUAUAUAAUAUAUGUAAAUAUUUAUUUUUCAUUGAUGUUAUAAACUUGUCAAAAACAUGCAAACAACUAUAUAUUUUAAUUGAAAAUAAUGAUUAUUUUUGGAUGCUAUUAAUUCAAAAUCAUUUUGGAUCGAUAUUAUAUCAACGCUAUGUUAAUCAAAUAUUUCAAAACAAGAAAAAUUCUGAUUAUGUUUUAUAUCGAACAAAAAAAGAUAUACAAAAAUUUGAAAAAUGUUUUCGAAGACAUUUCGAGUGGGAAAUGUGUAAUAUUUGGUUAUGGAAUGUAUUAAAUGGUAAAGAUAAUAGUGAUGGCUAUAUAGCUCAUAAAAGUAUAACUAAACAAAAACAACGUCCACGUACAAAUGAAUUAAAAAUGUCUUUAACAACUGAAGAAUUCUUUGAAUCUUAUUUAAAUAGAAAUAAAUAUUUAAAUAAUGAAAAUAUUCGACAAAUAUCAUUGUAUAAAUUAAUUUAUUAUUAUUUUAUUGAAGCGAAACGUUUAUUAGGUAUUGAUUUAUUUGUAAUAGAUCUUCGUUGUACACCACGUCAUAGAAGUUGUCCCAUACGAAAAUAUCUAAAUCAGGAAUAUCUAAAUCAUGAAUAUGAUUUAAAUAGUUUAACAGGUCGAUGUGUCCGUUUAUAUUCAACUCCAUUGAGAGAUUUAGGAGGUAUAAAAGGUAAAUUUAAAUCAAUAUUACCUGGAAUCUAUGAAAUUAUAUGUCGUAUUAAACUGGAUAAGAACAAUGUAUAUUUAACGUACUAUACUGAAUGUUGUAGUAAAGAUCAUAGAGUAGAAAAAAGUGUCGAAUGUUCUUUUUAUGCACUAGCUGAUCAUGGUCUCGAUUGUGAAUGUGAUUCGAAAACAAUGAAUUUUGAUUGGUUUGAAUCAAACUAUUUAUUACAUGAGAAUAUUAAUUGGUUUAAUGAAACAAUGGGUAAAAUAAAAGUAUUCGAAUUAUCGAAUAUUUAUUUUGGAUUUCGAAUUAGAUCAGAUUAUGGUUAUCGCAAUAUUUUAUUUGACUAUAUACAAUUAAAUAUUAUUAAAUAA